UAAUAUCGCGUUAUCACUCUUAUCAAAUUGAUCGAACUUUUUGAACUUUUUCCUUUUUCAAAAUUUGAAUGUGAAAAUGUGUUCUUAAUCGGAAUAAAAUUUUGACUGGAAUUACUCGAGUAAAAUUCAUGUUUAAACAACUUUUUGAAGUCGCAAAGUCACACGUCAUCGCUGAUGUAUUUCGCUCUUUAUCUAGUAUAAGAUAAACCCUUCAUAGUCAGUUAUUAUGCCUUGGUUGGGUAUGUUUCAUCAUUAACUUCAUUCCGAAAAUCGUUUUCAGUGUGUUACUUUUCCGAUACUCUGCUUUGAUCAAUUCUCAACUAACAAAUAUCGAAAAUCAAAAAUGAAUAGUAUGCACAAAGAGUGUAACGAAUUAAAGCAAAAAUACGACGCUUGUUACACCGUCUGGUUUACCGAUAGAUUUUUAAAAGGAGAUACAAACGAGGAAAUGUGUGCUCCUCUGUAUAAACUGUAUCAACAAUGCUUAAAGAAAAACAUGAAAGAACACAAUAUUAGUAUAAAAGAAAUCGAGAACGAUAAUUUUGAGGUGGAGAAGAACGCAAAGCCGCAGUCAAGCAGUAAUUCUAAGUGAUCUUGGUGUACAUUUCCACUGUUUUAUUUUCAUGUGUUAUGUUGUAGUUAUUUUUAAAAUAUAGGAAAUGAUUUUCAAA